UUUCUUUGAACACAAAAAACACAGAUAUUAUAAAAGAAUAUAUAUAUAUGGAAGAAAUGUCAUCUUUAUGGAGUCAUCAAGAGACUAUUGAGGAACUGAAGCUAAGGAUUCAUUACACAACACUCGAAUUGGAAGCAGUAAGAGCAAAAGCAAAUGAAGAAGUGAAUAAAAGCACCGAAUCAGUGAAACAAAUGUUACAGCUCUUAAAACUUGUUUGCCAAGAAAGAGAUGAAGCAAGAAAUCGAAUACAUAGAGUUCUCAACAAGAUCAUGCCUUCUAUAAACAAUCCCAUGUCCUCGGAUUUUUUCAUGAUCAAUAAAGUUAAUCACUGCUCUCUGAACCCAAAUUUGAUGAAACCCGCAAAAGCCAACUCAAGUAUUGCAGAAUCCAACAGUUUUUCUGAUGCAUACAAUCAUAGCCUGUCGCCCGUGGAAUCACGUUUUGACCCCGUGACAUCUCCUGAGUUCUCCAACAUUAAUACGAACUCUUCAUUUGUUCAAGGUUGCUGUCGGAUGGGUAGGUCUGACAGUUUUCAUGCAUUAGGAAAUAAUAUCCCAAAAGUGGAUCCUGCUACUUUGAUGAUAGAGAAUAUGAUCAAGGGAAAAGCCUUGCCACAAAAAGGAAAAUUGUUACGAGCUGUUAUGGAAGCGGGCCCUUUGUUGCAGACAUUGGUUGAAACAGGCCCGCUUCCUAGUUGUCAGAACUUUUCAUCACCAAUGCAGUCUUUCAGCGUUGGUGGUCAAAAUCAGACAACAAUGAUAACCAAACAAUCACAGCCACCUUUCGAGAUCUCUUGUUAUGGUUUAUCCAAGACGCCAAAUGGCGGUGGUGGCGUGGGAAUCGGUGGAAAUAUCUUGAGUUUUGAUGAUGUGAAUUAUAACCACCACCAAAGGAGGAUGGUAGUAGAUUCUCCUAGAGUUAAGAAUAAAUUUGGUCUGGCUGAAAAGAGGCAAAGGAUUCAAUAAGUUCAUGAAAAAAGGCUCUUUUUCAUCUUUUUUUCCACUUUAUUUUUUUUACUUUUGUAAAGAACUUUUUGAAGGUUUUUGACAGAUGACCGGUGUAUAUGAUGCUCUGUUUAGGUUUGAAUUGAAUUAUACAGUGAUUUUAUACUUCUUGACUUCUUGUA